AUGUCACUGACAAUUCACAUGAAACGAACAACUAGUAAGAAUUGGGGAAUCUCAUCGCGGAUUUUAAAAAUAUGGUACUUGACUGUAAUAGAAAGAAUAAUCUUAUAUUGUUCAGCAAUAUGGGCUUACUCUCUCAAGACACAUGAGAAACGACUCUUAAUUUCUAUUCAAAGAUCUUUUCUUCUAAUGAUCAGUCGAAGUUACAGAACAACUUCCAAUGAUGCUUUGCAUUCCGGCAUUCCUCCGUUAGACUUAACAGCAGAAAGGGAAGCGGUGCUGGCUCGAGUUUUGCGUCUUCGUCUAGAGAGUAAACUGUGGAAUAUUCCAUACGAUCCUUUUAGUUAUGAAACUAGGAGCACAGAACUUCUCUGUCAUCUAGCGCAAAAUGGCAUUUUAUGCGCAAUAAGGACAACCUUCUCAUAUGAGUCAAAAAGUCAAUUCCAGAUUUACACAGAUGGAUCUCAUUCGAAACAAGGAACAGGAUGUGGACAAUGUGUAAUUCAAAAUGGCAAACCAAUGCAUUCAUGGCGUCGAAGACUGAGGCCAGCGAACUCUAUUUUUCAAGCUGAACUACUUUCAUUAAAAAAAGCAGUUUAUCUUUCAAGUCAAUUUCCAUUACAAGUGGAAAUUUACAGUGAUUCACUUUCUAGUCUGGAGGACAUAAAGGGGGAAAAUUCAAGAAAUACAAUAGUAGCAGAAAUAAAAAUCCUUCUUCUUAACCUUCCUGCCCCUUCUAGAUCCUUUUUGAGCUGGGUUCCCGCUCAUAGGGAGAUUUAUGGCAAUGAGUUGACAGACCAGUUGGCAAAAGGAGCGGUAAGAGGGAAAAAUCUUCCUCAAUAUUCAUUGCCCUUACCAUUUUCUUAUAUUAAGAGAUAUACAAAAGAGAACUUACUCCAGCAAUGGCAAAAAAGUGGGAACACUCCACAACGGGCAGAAGAACUUUUAAAUUUUUACCAAAGGUCUCGGAAACAUUUUUGGUUUCAUAUACAGCGCAGUCAACUUUUCUCACGGGACACGGUCCCUUUCCGUCGUUUUUAUUCCGAUUUCAUCUUAAGGAUGAUGACAAAUGUCACUGUGGAAGUAUUGGGUUUCCAGACCAUUUUGCUUUUUCUUGCCCACUCACAGCUGAAUUUCAUCUGCAAAGACCAUUAG